GACCUGAAGUUCAGACAGCAUUGCGGUAUUGUAACUGGCCGUGGACGGUUUUUGCCACCCAAACCUUUUCAAAUGGGCCCCGUCGCCUAGCGUUUUCUCCCCAAAAGCCUCCGACUGAGUUGCAUAGAGUGCUAUAAAACAUCAGCACAAACAAGAAGGUUACCAUCUAAGGCACGUGUGAGCAAGUGUGAAGCAUGGCAGCAAUCCCAGCUGGCGGAUCUCUUGUAGCCACCCAUGACUAUUACCGGAGGCGCCUUGGCUCUACAUCAAGUAGCAGCUCGUGUGGCAGCUCGGAAUAUGUUGGGGAGGUUAUUCCUCAUCACCCAGGCCUGCCCAAGCAAGACUCUGGUCACUGGUGGUCGAGCUUCUUCUUUGGGAAGCAGCCGGGUAUGGGCUCCUUGGCUGAAGAGGCUCAGCAGAAUUCAGGGCUGAGCGUGACCGAUGGGCAUGUGAUGUGUAUUGCUCGGGAUAUGGUGAAGAGGCAGGCCAGCGAGAGUAGUGAUGCUGGGAAGUCGGAGGUGGGGAGUUCCCAUUCCUAAAUCCAGCUUGGGGGACCAACGCUAGGGGACGGGAAAUGGCCCCUAUUUUGAUUUUGGUUAUUUUAUUUUAUGUGUAGAAUAGUUGCUAUUUAGUUUUUCAUAACCAUUAUUUUGUUAGGCUUACAAUUAAAAUGAAGGUAUUAAAUAUGUGUUUUGUAUGUUUUUACACAUCUGUGACACUGUUUUUGUUACUACUUUUCACUGUCACCGUGUUCACAGAAACAAUAAAAAAUUGAAGUAGCCAAAA